UGUAUACAGUAAUCCGAUGCUUUGUUAACAGUAAUACAGUACUCUGUAUACAGCAAUACAGUAUUCUGUAUACAUUAAUACAAACUUUGUAUACAGUUCUCCGUUUUGUAUACAGUUAUGCAGUUCUCUGCAUACAUAUAUGCAGUAUCAACCUUUUUACAUUGUGUACAAUAGUUUUCUAAUUAAGGGCACAUUUAUAUCUCGUACAGAUAUUAUGUUUUGUUCCAUUUUUGUCUCGCCGCCGAGAAGUUGAAGCGACACAUAGGUGUUGCUUUCCGGCGACGGCGGCGUCAGCAUUAAGUUUUUGUUUUUAAGUUAGUUUCUCUGAAAGUAUAAGUGCUACACCAACCAAACUUGGACCAUUGAUGUAUUUUAGGUGGUACAUCUCAGCCCAUGCAUCAAAUGCUGAAUGCGGCCUACCUUUCAUGGUUCAUUGACUUUGUCAGCAACUCAAUCAGCAUUAAGUGUUUGCGUUUAAGUUGGUUUCCCUGAAUAUCUAAGUGCUAUACCUACCAAACUUUGACCAUCAAUGUAUUUUAGGUGGAACAUCUCAGCCCAUGCAUCAAAUGCUAGAUGCGUCCUACCUUUCAUGGUUCAUUGACUUUGUCAGCAACUCAAUCAGCAUUAAGUGUUUGCGUUUAAGUUAGUUUCUCUGAAUGUAUAAGUGCUAUACCAACCAAACUUGCGUUUAAGAUAGUUUUUCUGAUAUGUGCAUUGAUGAUCAAAGCGGGGCACAGGUGAGACAUAUUAAUCCGAAUGGCUUGUUAGUCGAUGAAUGUUGCAUUAUUUAUUAUUCUAAGUCCAUUGUAAAUACACAUGGUGUUGUAACUGACAUUGAGAUGUAUACAUGCCUUAAAUAUCAUGUUUUCAACUGCACACAUUAAUAAAUGGUACUUCCGAAAUCGAGCAAAUAGCUUUUUCUAAAUACUGGGAUUGACCAGGCAAGUGACCUUUUCUGAACACUAGAUAUGACCUGGCAAGCGAUCUGUCCAAACAAUGGGUAUGCAACUCUAUCCGAACAAUAGACACAACCUAACAAGCAACUCUUUCUGAUGAACACAUGAAAUGACUAGGUUAGCAACUCUUUCUGAUGAACACAUGAAUUGACAAGGAUAACAACUCUUUAUGACUAGCAUAACCACUCUUUCUGAUGAACACAGGACAUGAUAAGCUUAGCGACUCUUUCUGAUGAACACAAGACAUGACCAGACCAGCGACUCUUUCUGAUGAACACAUAAAAUUAUUAGGACAGCGACUCUUUCUGAUGAACACAUGACAUGAUAAGGUUAGCAACUCUUUCUGAUGAACACAAGACAUGACCAGGACAGCGACUCUUUCUGAUGAACACAUAAAAUUAUUAGGACAGCGACUCUUUCUGAUGAACACAUGACAUGAUAAGGUUAGCAACUCUUUCUGAUGAACACGUGACGUGACCAGACCAGCAACUCUUUCUGAUGAACACGUGACGUGACCAGAACAGCGACUCUUUCUGAUGAACACGUGAAAUGACCAGGUUAGUAACUCUUUCUGAUUAACACAUAAAAUGAUUAGCAUAUCCACUCUUUAUGAUGAACACAUGACGUGACCAGACCAGCGACUCUUUCUGAUGAACACGUGACGUGACCAGACCAGCGACUCUUUCUGAUGAACACGUGACGUGACCAGGUUAGUAACUCUUUCUGAUUAACACAUAAAAUGACUAGCAUAUCCUCUCUUUAUGAUGAACACAUGACGUGGCAAGGUUAGCAACUCUUUCUAAUGAACACAUGACGUGACCAGACCAGCAACUCUUUCUGAUGAACACGUGACUGACUGAAAAUGUCAAAUAAUAGUCGGGGCUUUUCCUUGGUUUUCAACAUACUAAUCCGAACAGACAGAUAAAUAACUGUCGAGACCUUCCCUUUAUAUCCAACGUGUAAGUAUACUUACAGUAGGUGAGGUAUUUGUCUUCAACAAUCAAAUUACCGACUAGUUAAACAGAUAGCCUAAUACAGUUUAAGACUGUCUUGUAAUCAUAUCCGUUUACUUCAUUUUUGAUUGCAUUAGUGUGUGGUCACUCCCAGAAGAUUGAUCACGGAUUAACACGAAAUACACGGUAUGAUUUAAAACAAAACAACGAAUUUGUUACACUUUACCGUUUAAACCUACUAGUAUCUAUUUAUUUACUGUUAAACAUUGCUACAGUCAUAUGUUCGGACGCCAUUUUUGUGUUCGAAUUUUACAGUAAAACGUUCUUAAUACUUGAAGACAAUACACCCAAGUGGCCUGCAGUUUUACGGGGAACAAUAUGCUGGUGUGCUUUUUACUGAAAAAUUCCCAAGGCAUUUCUUGCAUGAUCUUGAAAUGUUAAGGUAGGUUCUGACAAUCUUUCCGGUCUAUCCAGAAACAACUUAUGCAUUUAACGAACCGUUCUGAUUCAGCGGCCGGAUGAUAAAUGAUUGUUAGGACAAAUGUACAGUACCUUUGGUAAAUUACGUUUGAGAAGUUCCAAUAAUGCUAUAUAUAGUAACAUAUGAUUUGUUUCAUUGUAAAUGGUUACUUAAGUUACGUCAGACCUCGUGUGGUAUUCCCUAGUUUCACUUUGCGUAGUGUAUAUUUAUUAUAGCUGAUGUCAUGCUGGUUUUACUUUCGUUUUCUCAUUUUCUGUAAACUCAUAUACAUGCCGACUUUCGGUAUUGGGAAACAAACCAAGCUACUGUGAUGGCGAAUUCCCUACAACUGUUCGUCACCUCAGACCUUACUACCAAUAUGUUUUCGCUCCACAAGGACGCUUCUGUGGAGGAUCUGAUGAGAAGGAUCACGGAUUCAAUUGGCAUUGAUCCUAAAAGUCAGAGAAUCCAUUUUGCCGGCAAGUUUUUGGACACCGAGAAAAACGGGAAGAAAAAGUACAUUUCGGACUACAGACUACAGGACCGCAGCAUGCUGUGUGUGGUGGCUAGACUUCCGGGAGGCAAUGACCCGGAACCACCUAAAGCUCUGGACGAUGACGUAGAGCUGAGUGACGCCCCCGAUAUGAUCACAUGGGAUGAUGAUCCGGACAACAAGCGUGCAAAAAUGCCGUGUGGACACGCCAUUGGUCCAGAGUCCCUGACAGCGUACUGCCGGAGUCUGCUGACGGCGGGUAAGUUCCAGUUCUACUGUCCGUACAUAGACCAUGACAAUGGAACGUACUGUGGACAGUCCUGGGAGUACUUCAUUGUUCGCCGGCUUGCCGUUCUCACAGAGGAAGAGACGAAAGAAUUUGAGACGAAAAUGUCACAGAACUAUAUGAGAAAGUCGGCCGGUAUACAGGAAUGUCCUCAGUGUUCUGUCUUCUGUAUGAGGGUCAACCUCAAGGACCGGCGCGUGGUGUGUCUGUCGUGCAGUAAGAGCACUAGAUACGAGUUCUGUUGGUAUUGCCUGGGUGACUGGAAGACCUUCAACACCACUAGCUGUGGGAACACGGCCUGCACAGGCGAGGACCCCAGACUAAAGAUAUUGAAGGAGGCUUCUGUCAAGGAGGUCGUUGGUCUGAAAGGAUGUCCGUCCAUCAGGGCUUGUCCGAAUUGUGGUAUGCUGAUACAACACGAGAAAGCGUGCAAGCACAUGGUUUGUAUAUGCGGACAGAAGUUUUGCUUCAUAUGUCUUGGUGUACCCGACGAUCAGGACCACUACCAGUGUGGCAUGUUCAAUUCCCAUUGUACUAUAGCUCCCGUCCAGACGGCCGUCCCGGAGAGCCAGUAGAUCAUAAAGACGCAGAUAAAAACACCUUUCUAAGUAUCAAUUUGGCAUACGGUUGUAUCUCUAAGCGCCGUGUUUACAGGACAACUUUUGAAUGUGUUUUAACUUUUCUACAUAUCUGAAUUUUAUAUGUACAUAAUACAAGUUUACUCUACCUUUAAGUAGUCUACGAGUGUCAAUAUGUGUAUAGCGAUGACUGUAUACAACACGUAACACACGGAACUUUCCUAUGUAUUUCAUGUUAGUGCGAUGUUGUAUGAACAACUACGGAUAUCAAACCUUUUGAAAAGACGACCAAUAUAAAUAUUAACAACAGGCCAGGUUCAAUGUAGAGAUGUUGUAUUCUUUAGAAGCUGAAAUCUAUUCAAAUUCCCGAUAUCCGCUAUUUAUGGUUUUUAAUUCGCCUUAUUCCUUUCCACACGAAGUCAUGUGUAACUGUUGAUGGCACGAGUAAUGAACUGUCGAAAUCACAACCCCAAGUUAUCCUGGUAUUUAGCGCUCUUGUUGAUCGAGUCUGCACUAUAUCUCUUUGUGUUAUAUAAGUCUUCAUGUCAUCAGGUCAGUAACUGGAAUGACAAUGGUAUCCUAUGAUAUUCACGACCAGUACUAUAUUAUGUGGAGAGGCUGGGCGGCGAGUUUCUGUCGGCAUUUAUAAAUAUUCUGAACUUUAUUCUCGGUUGUCAUUAGUUCGGGUAGUAAGCACAUGUGAUUUGUAUCUCAUUUGUGUUGAUUAGGUAUAAAGUAAGGAUAACGUUUUGUUCUUACAUUUCACAAUAAAGAGGAGUCCCAUUUACGAGUUGGUUUAUCGUCGUCAUUUAUUUCCACAUGCAAGAACUCGUGGCAUAGCUACUCGACUAAGUGUAACUGGGCCGAAACUGAGUUUGAGACUAUUAGUUUUAUUCUUAUGCCACUGUUACUUAUCUGUAGAAUUUUCGCUCACUAGUGGUACGGGAAGGGGGAUCAUUCUGCUUUUACUUGCGGGAGUUUCUUCCCCUGCAACAAUUUAUUCAACAAGGACCGAUGUUACCUAGCUUGGAGAGGAUAGCCAAUUGUGGCAAAAAGGCAUUUUAAUUGGGUUUUUUUUAAUUGUCGAGUUCCAAUUGAAGUAAAUAACUAAUUUAAAACCUGACAUAUUUCCGAAACUAGGAAUAUCCAGCAAAGCAUGGAAAAACAACAAUUUUCAAAAAUAAGAGUCACAAAAUGUGAUAAUUAGGAUAAGAACUAACAGGGUUUUGUUGAAUGCCAUUUCUCUGUGUGCUUCAAAAUAUCUCAUUUUAUAGAUUCAGUGAUUCAGUCGGGUUUUUUUAUUCUUCAAUCACUUGGUUUUUAAUUAAUUUGUAUUAUAUUAUUUAAUCAUUUUGUGUUUGUGGGUACAAGUGUCUGUGACUUUGAGAUAUGUAAUGGUGAUUUGUGUCUAAUAGAAUGUUUUAAAUUCCAAAUAUAUUUCACUUGAAAAUGAUUGUUUUCAUUUUGGUUUAAUAAUGUAAGAUAGCAUUUUUCACUUCAUUUAUGUAGAUGCUAUUUAAACCUUAAAUAAUAGUGAGCUUGCCCAAAAAUAAUGCCGUCUCUGGUUUUGUUUACUGUGUUUUCCUAAGCACUUCCAACUUUCUUGUUUAGAGUGAAACAUUUGAUACAGCAGUCUUAAUAUAUUUUUCCUAACGAACGUUUAUAUAUCAAAUGUAACCCUAACCAUAUUGUAUUUGUCAAUAAAGCUGUUUUUCCUUU